AGAGUAUGCAUACUUGAUGGUGGUAAACUGUAAUCUCUAAUGACGAUAAGAAUCCAUGUGGCAAUCAUAUCUCACCUAAAUGCUCGAAGUGAUCAGCCUCAAUGUUGUCGUGCUAUACUAAUUUAAUUUAAAUCUAAAUUCUAAAUAAAUAUAAUCAAAAUCCGUAAUUCAUUGUAAUUGACUGGUUUGAUUGUUGUCUUUGAGGCAUUUCCUCUAUCAUCUGACUAUAUUCAACACCCAUCAAACCCAGAAGAGGAAGAGGAAGAGGAAGAAGAAGAAGAACAAGAUGAGUUCUGAUUCAGAAGCAGGUUUAGGAGGUGGUGGGGAUCUUAGAAAACCAUUUUUACAUACUGGGAGUUGGUAUAAAAUGGGUUCUAGACAAUCUAGCUUAAUGGGUUCUUCUCAAGUUAUUCGAGAAAGUUCCAUUUCUGUUCUUGCUUGUGUUCUUAUUGUUGCUCUUGGUCCUAUUCAAUUUGGGUUUACUGCUGGAUACUCAUCUCCAACUCAAUCCGCCAUUACUGAAGAUCUUGGUCUAUCUGUUGCUGAGUACUCCUGGUUUGGUUCUCUAUCCAAUGUGGGUGCAAUGGUUGGGGCAAUUGCUAGUGGUCAAAUCUCUGAAUAUAUUGGAAGAAAAGGGUCUUUGAUGAUUGCUGCUAUCCCCAACAUUAUUGGAUGGCUUGCUAUAUCAUUUGCAAAAGAUUCUUCAUUUUUGUAUAUGGGAAGGAUGUUGGAAGGCUUUGGUGUCGGAAUAAUAUCGUACACGGUUCCUGUGUACAUUGCUGAAAUAUCACCCCAGAAUUUGCGAGGUGCAUUGGGUUCAGUUAACCAGCUGUCUGUUACAAUUGGUAUCAUGCUAUCAUAUUUGCUGGGGCUCUUUGUUCCGUGGAGAAUACUUGCUGUUUUAGGAAUAUUGCCUUGCACAAUAUUGAUUCCUGGCUUAUUCUUCAUUCCAGAAUCUCCAAGAUGGCUGGCAAAAAUGGGCAUGAUGGAAGAUUUUGAGGUUUCUUUGCAAGUUCUUCGUGGAUUUGACACUGAUAUAUCUUUUGAAGUUAAUGAAAUCAAGAGAUCUGUAGCUUCAAGUAGCAAAAGAACCACCAUAAGAUUUGCGGAGUUACAACAAAGAAGAUAUUGGUUACCUUUGAUGAUAGGCAAUGGCUUACUUAUUUUGCAACAAAUGAGUGGAAUCAAUGGUGUUUUGUUCUAUUCCAGUACCAUCUUUAAAGAGGCUGGAGUUACAUCAAGCAAUGCUGCAACAUUUGGUGUUGGUGCAAUUCAGGUUAUUGCAACUGUGGUAACUACCUGGCUUGUCGAUAAAGCAGGACGCAGACUUCUUCUAAUUAUUUCUUCUUCGGGGAUGACAUUUAGCCUUUUAGUGGUUGCGGCGUCCUUUUUCUUAAAGGAUAUGGUAUCACAUGAUUCUUCGUGGUACAGUGUAUUCUCCAUCCUUUCAGUUGUUGGAGUUGUGGCUAUGGUGGUUUCUUUCUCAUUAGGAAUUGGGGCCAUUCCAUGGAUUAUAAUGUCAGAGAUUCUUCCAGUUAAUAUAAAGGGGCUGGCUGGAAGUAUUGCUACACUCGCGAACUGGUUCACAGCGUGGGUUGUAACCAUGACUGCAAAUAUAAUGUUGUCUUGGAACAGUGGAGCGACGUUCUCCAUAUACAUGGUUGUAUGUGCCUUCACUGUGGCGUUUGUGGUCAUUUGGGUUCCGGAGACAAAGGGUAGAACAUUGGAGGAGAUUCAGUGGUCAUUUAGACGAUAGGAGCUUCCAUCGGCAUCAGCAAGCUCGAUUCAAGUUUGGAAUGCUGGGUAGAUAUUAUACAUGCAAAUGUGUCUUAUAUUAUUAUUCAUUAACAGGAAUAUUGUACUAUUAACUUGUGGAAGAGUUAUACAUGCAGACAGCAGACUGCUCUGGCUUUCUUUAAUUUUUUUAGUGUCCUUACCUCUCCUGGCCUCUGAAGAUGAAUAUUCCAUCAUCUUUUUUUAAGAAUUUUGUGGAAAAUGUAUAAAAAAAAAAAAAUCUUGUUUCACAUUUUUAAAUAAAUUUCUGAAAGACGAUAAUUACUCACAUGUAAGGGGGAAAUCUAUCUUUUUAAUCUAGUGAGAAUCAAAUCGUAUCACAGAGAUGAAACAAAAGAAAUUUCAAUCAUUAAAUCAAUCUAUGAUUUUCGAUUUCACGUGCUUAACUUGUUGAUGCUAUAUGUAGUUUAGUAUCGUAGAGUCUUUAAGCAAUAUAGAUCCAUAAUCGAGAUU